AUGGCUUCGUUCAUCACCACCAUGUCGGUUCCAACUGCCCCUGCCCCUGCUCAUAUUGCGACUUGCCCUGAGUCCCCAUCUCCCUCGCUGCCUGCGCGCACCCCCUCCCUCAGCCUUAGCCCCUCCGGUCUCUACCAGACCACCCGCACUUCCCAUGUCCCUUUCUUAGAACCCCCCUCUUAUCUAUCACCCGCGGUGCGUGCAUUGAAACAAGGCGUAUUUGGACUAACCCCUCCCAGCAAUGCACGCACAAGAGCGCCGUUCAAGCCUCGGUCUGCCGCCAAGGGGACCAGCAGCUAUCAGCUGAGACAAUUCGCAGAGGCUACGCUGGGAAGUGGCAGCCUGCGCAAGGCUGUAAAGCUUCCAGAUGGCGAGGAUUUGAAUGAAUGGCUUGCAGUCAACAUCGUCGAUUUCUAUAACCAAAUCAAUCUUCUAUAUGGCUCCAUAACCGAGUUCUGCUCACCGCAGUCAUGCCCUGAGAUGAAGGCCACGGAUGAGUUUGAGUAUCUGUGGCAAGACUCAGAGAAUUACAAGCGACCGACCAAAAUGUCUGCGCCGGAAUAUAUUGAGCACCUGAUGAGCUGGGUCCAGAGUAACAUUGAUAAUGAGCAGAUGUUCCCUAGUCGCAUUGGCGUUCCUUUCCCUAAAACAUUUCCAAGUCUCCUGCGACAGAUUUUCAAGCGCUUGUACCGUGUCUACGCUCAUAUUUACUGCCACCAUUACCCGGUCGUCGUCCAUCUCGGUCUCGAGCCCCACCUGAACACGAGCUUCAAGCACUACGUCCUGUUUAUUGAUGAGCAUAAAUUAGCCAGUGGGAAGGACUACUGGGGUCCACUCGGGGAUUUGGUUGAUAGUAUGCUGCGCAGUGAUUGA